AUGUCAGGACAUGCAGAUGUCGUUGAAUCAUUCCGUUCAUGCAAAAAGCCAGCUAUGCACUGUUUUGAUCUGCCUUGUACUUCUUCUACCUCCGACUCCUCCGAAUCAGAGGGAAUUUGCGCAGAUUACCUAAGCAAAAACAGCACUUCGAUGACGUCAUCCACAUUUGAGGACGAAAUUACGACCCGACGCCUAAACGACUCCCUCUACAGAAAUGCGGCUCAGAUGGAUCGUUCGGUAGACUUCUCGGAUACGAGCCCUGCCUACAGAGGAUUUUCUGCGCCACGUAGUCGUAUGGGACUCUCAAGUGUACACGAAAUUACGCCGAAAUCUACGAAGAUCCCCAUAUUAAUGUCGAGAAGCUUAUCUACUUCGAGUGAACAAGACCCGUUUUUGCGCCGAAAUACGUUCUGUUCGCCAAUAGCAGUUGGUUCUGGAGAUCAGCUUUGUGGUGAGAGCAGUAACUCGAAGGAAGAGGUAAAACUACUGUUGCAAAGAUGCAGAACACGACAGCCCAUCCGUGUAGCCGGAUACGAAUCUAGAUGCCUCCUACCACCAACAUUACCAAUGUCGUCCUCAUUACCUCCCCUUCAACGAUCUACAAGCCGUCCAAGACUUCUUCAGCGUCCUCAGAUGCUUCGAAGAGGAGAGCAGCCAUUGCUUGGAGUCAGACCAUUGGAUAGCAGAAGCCAGAGUCGGGAUAGGAGCAAUCACGUUUCCGCAUCCUCUGAUAUUUCACCAAAAGCGAAGACGUCAGAGAAGAGUUGGAGACGUCAGAGGAACAAAUUAGGUGGAUUUUCUCUGGACAUCAGACGAAUUGUGAGUCUUUAUCGAUCCACCUUUUCAAGAUGUCGUACAUGUCGCCAUACGAACUCUCUACGUCGUCUGGUUACAAAGUGGAAUCCUAGAUUCCUACCCUGCGGCAUCGCGAAGCCGAACGUCGUGAGAAGAAGUUUGUGCGUUUGCGGUCGCGACAUUCGCCUUUCAAUUACCACAACCUCGGAAAAUGUUUCAUUCAUCGAACCGAAUGUAGCUCAGCAUAUAAUGCGUUUGUUUGACUGGGCUGCACUAUUCGCUUUGAUUUCGCUUCUUCUUAGCGCUAUUCUCAGGCUACUUGCUCUUUGA